GAAAAUACACUUAGGCUCGUAGUUCACAUCGCAGCGUGUGGCGACGAGACUGUCCCACGCCGCUCGGGGAAGAAAGCACUAAAGAUUCUUAGAUUUACCACAAGAUGGGGAUCUCGGUGAAAGAGCAAGAUUUAUUCCCAGUAAAACCAUCCCCUGAAAAAAGCAAAGGCAAGAAGAAAAAACUCAAGAAUGGCAAAGGGAAAGUUGGCAUUAAGAAUCCGACAGAAGAACCGCAAAAUAUACCAGAUGUUCCUGAGGUGCAGGUUAAUUCACCUGUCAAAGAAAAUGUAGGCAAGAAGAAAAAACGCAAGGGUGGCAAGAAGGAAUUUGGCUCGGAGAAACCUAGUGAAAAACAUGAAAAGGUACCAGAUGAACAUGCUCCUUUGGAACCUGAGGUAAAACCAUCGGUUAAGAAAAGCAAAGGCAAGAAGAAAAAGCUCAAGAGUGGCAAGAAGGAUCCUGGUUCAGAGAAACCUAUUGAAGAACACCAGAAUGUACCAGAUGAACAGAUUCCUUUGGUGUCUGAGGUAAAACCAUCUGUUAAGAAAAGUAAAGGCAAGAAGAAAAAGCUCAAGGGCGGCAAGACGGAACUUGGCUCAGAGAAACCUAGCGAAGAUCACGAAAAGGCACCAGAUGAACAGGUUCCUUCAGUGUCUGAGGUAAAACCAUCGGUUAAGAAAAGCAAAGGCAAGAAGAAAAAGCCCAAGAGUAGCAAGGAGGACCCUGACUUGGAGGAACCUAAUGAAGAGCAACAAAAUGGAUUAGAUGAACAUGUUCCAGUGGAAUCUGAGGUAAAACCAUCUGUUCAGAAAAACAAGGGCAAGAAGAAAAAGCCCAAGAGUGGCGAAGAGGAACUUGGCUCAGAGAAAUCUAGUGAAGAAUGCGAAAAGGUACCAGAUGAACAGGUUCCUUUGGUGUCUGAGGUUAGCCCAUCCAGUGAGAAGAGCGGAGGCAAGAAGGAAAAGCUCAUGAAUGGCAAGGCAAAACUCGGGUUGAAGAAACCUAAAAAAAAAUCCAAACCUAUGCAAGAGAAGUUAAGCUAUGAAGAGGUAGAAGCAGGUGCAAAACUGCAAGCAACUGUAAAGUGCUGCAAAGACCGUGGGGUACUAGUGGCCCUCAGCAAGACGGUUUCUGGCCACAUUGAUUACCUGAUGUUAGAUAAACAGUUAAAGAACCCAGAGAAGAAGUAUCGCCGUGGCUUAGUUUUGGACUGCAGAGUGUUGCAUGUGAUGCCGGAGAGGAAGAUUAUCAAGCUCACAAGUAAGAAGCAUCUGGUCAACUCACCGUUUCCGGUUAUCUCUGAAUAUGACUCUGAUCUGGUAGGCACUGUGUCAGAGGGGUACAUUGUGAAAAUCAUCUCAUCAGGACUGCUUGUGGCUAUGUAUAAUAAUGUGAAAGGUUUUGUACCCAAGAGCCUAGCCACAUCAGAAAAGGAGACAAGUCUGGAUACAAUUUUCACAAUAGGUCAGGUUGUCAAGUUCUGUAUCACUAAGGUGAACCCAGCGACAGAGAAGAUGACACUAACUCUACGUAUUGACAAAGACUUGGUUAAUGCUGAGGAAGAGACUGAAGAUGAGGAAGGGGAGACCAUUGGUGAAAAUGAAGAAACCAAAAAGAAAGCAGAAACCAUUGACCAAACAAAGAAGAUAGAGGAAACUGAGAAGCAAAAAGGAAUGAAACGUAAAAAGGAAGAGGAAUGUAAUAUAGACACAGAGACCACAGAGAAGGAUGAGGGAACAGAAAAGAAAAAGAAGAAGAAAAAGAAAGGCAAGGUAGAGAUAGAGGAACCAGAUCACAUUGUUGAGGAUGUGAAUGACACUGCAGAGAGGGGAGAGGAAACUGAUAAAAAAAAAGGAAAGAAACGAAAGAAAGAAGUGGAAUGUAGUAUAGACACAGAGACCACCGAGAAGGAAGAGGGAAAAGAAAAGAAAAAGAAGAAGAAAGAUAAGAAAGGCAGAGAAAAGAAUGUGGAGGAUGAAGAAGUAAAAGAUGCAAAUUUGGAAAGUGAUGCUGGACUGACGAGCAAGAAGCCAUGCCUCUCUGUAGGGACUGGCUUUGUAUGGGAUGUCCCAGACUCUCUUGCGGACAAGGAGCAGUCCAGUGAGAGUGAAGAGGAAGAGGAGGAUGAAGCAAAAAAGAAGAAAACCAAGAAGAUGACAAAGGCAGAGCGUGAGGCCAUGGCCAAGCAGGAGGAACAGCGACUGCAUGAGCUCGAACGUGCAAGGCUGGAUAAGGAUCGACUGCCACAAACUGCCAUGGACUAUGAGGAGCUCUUGCAGACAAGUCCAAACUCCUCAGCAGUUUGGAUUCAGUUCAUUAGCUUCCAUCUGGAGAGCGCAGAGAUGGAGAAGGCGAAGGCAGUUGCCAGGCGUGCACUGCAGGUGAUCAACAUGCGCGAGGAGCAAGAGAGACUUAAUAUCUGGACAGUGAUUCUGAGACUUGAGGUGCUCUAUGGGACGGCAGAGACAGUUCAGGCGUCGUAUCGUGAGGCUUUGGCCACAAAUGACGAGCAACAGGUGCACCUUGCCAUGGCUAUGGUCUAUGCUGAGAAUGAUAAAAUUAAGGAUGCCUCCAACAUCUACUACAUUAUGACCAAGAAGUUUGGCCAAGUGCUGGAUGUAUGGAUUAAAGCAGGGAUUUUCUUCUAUAGAAAUAAAAAGUUUGAUGAAGCCAGAAAGUAUAUGGAUAGAGCACUGAUCGCCUUGGACAAGAAGCAUCAUGUAGAGCUCAUCAACCGCUUUGGGCAGCUUGAAUUCAGGUUUGGAGAGGCAGAGAGGGGCAGGACCAUGUUCGAGAGUCUGCUCAGCAACUAUCCCAAACGUAUCGACAUUUGGAGUGUCUAUGUGGAUCUGUUGACCAAGAACGGAGAUAUAGAAGGGGCAAGGACGGUCCUGGAACGCAUGACAGGCCUGAAGCUCAAGAUCCGCAAGAUGCGCGGGAUCUUCAAGAAGUUCCUGGACUUCGAGAAGACUCAUGGAACACCUCAGAGAGUCCAGGCUGUGAAGAAGCAGGUGGAAGACUUUGUGGCUGCUGCAAUUAGCAAGGAGUAACAGAGGAAAUGAUAUAUGAAAGUAGAUUAAUAUGUGAUUUGAGAUUUUUUGUUAUCAUCAUCAUCAUAUUAUCAUCAUCAUCAUCAUCAUUACCAUUAUCAUUAUCAUUGUUACAACUAUCAUUAUAAAUAUGAAUGUGAUUGUUAUUGAUAUUAUUAUGAUUAUUAUUAUUCUAUUAUUUUUAUUAUUACUAUUAUUUUUUAUUAUUAUUAUUAUUAUUAUUAUUAUUAUUAUUAUUAUUAUUAUUGUCAUUAAAAUGUAGAUGGCCCCACAAGUGUUUAAUUACCAAGGAGUCAAUUAUUUACCUAGAUCACCUGUUUACCCACUUUCUUGUUUUUUUUAAGGUUUCUUUUUUUUUUUUUUAUCUUUUAUUGCCAUUAGUAUUGUUAAUAACAUUAUGAAAAAAAAAAUUAUAUAUUUUUUUUUUUGGCAAGCCUAAGGGAAGAUAGUAAGUAGCUGAGUUCUCAUAGGCUGACUAAUUGGCUCUUUGUUGGCACUUGUGGAGAUAUCCAUGUACAAAUAAAGUUCACAGUAUACUUACAAGAGUAAAUUUAUGUGCAAUUUUGUAUUAUUAUUAUUUAUUAGAAUUUGUUUAUAUAUUUAUUUGCUUAUUUAUCAGUAUUUUGGGGUAAGAGGAAGGCAGUAGUACAAAAAAAUGUCUUUUAAGAUUGUAUGUACAGUAUUGCAGUUCUGUUGUAUAUAUUUAAACAUUUUGUAAGUGCAUGUAUAUUGUGUCCUUGUGAUAUGAAAUAAUUAAUUGUACUUUGUAUUUCAAAGUAGACAUUCAAAAUUUGAUAUAUAUCCAUUUAAAAGUUGUUUUCAUUUUUUGUAACAUACAAAGUUGAAAUAUGAAAGGAGUGUGUUCCCAUGAGUUACUUUUGUUAUUAUAGAAUCUCGAGUAUAAUGGAAUUUAAUUUCAUGUUCUGCGGAAAAUACCAUUUAUCAUUAAUGUCUGUAUGCUUGCUGUAAGUUUGUGAAAAAGAAUGAGAAUAUAUAUUCCAUUUUACCUGUGGAGAUUUUCUACAA